AUGGCCUUCAAUUCAGAACCCCAACGCGAGCAACAUGAGCUAGUUUCCAUUGUCGGCAUGGGAUGCCGUUGGCCCGGCGGUAGCCACACUUCAGAACAGUUCUGGAACUUCUUCUGCAACAAGGUCGAUGGCUGGAAAGAGUUUGACGACCACGCUUCUCCUCCAAAGGCUUCCACCACCCAAACUCCGACCGUCCAGGAGGCUUUGCCAUGA